UACAACCACAUCUCGAUGGCCAGAAGCGAUGGCAUGUACCCCACUGUUGUCAUUUCCGGCCUGGAUCAGCCAAUGGGAGUCGCCGUACACCCCGAACGAGGAUUGUUGUUUUGGACGGAACAAAAUGCUACGAAGGGCAUAUUUGUCGCCAGUAUGGACGGGUCCAAUAAGCGUGUGUUGGUGGACCAGGACGAAGUGGGCACGCCCAAUCACCUUUAUUUGGACUAUUCCGCUGAUAGAUUAUAUUGGGCGGACUCAGGUUUGUAUUCCGUGAAGUACGUCGAGCUCAAUAACUCGCAGGUCUUCACCAUAUAUGACAGCGUCGAGACGAUGGCAACCUUCAACGGAAUAAGCUUUUAUAAGGACUAUUUGAUAUGGACGGACAAAGACGACGUGAAGAACGGAAUCCACGCCGCCCGGCUAGACAAGCAGGAGAAGGUGCGCGGAAUCCUGCAUCCGGGUUCCGGGCUCGCUUCACAACUGAUCACGUUCGACAUCAACAACCAACCAGAAAUGACAAGCGCAUGCGCUGACAACGGCUUCUGUGAGCACAUAUGCAUACCGACCUCGAACGAGACGUACAUUUGCGCGUGUGGAGUGGGUUAUACAUUGGAUGACAACUUACGAACAUGCUCAUCGUAUGUCAAGUUCGACAACUACGUCGUAGCAGUUGAUUCUUACCAGAAACAGAUCUAUCAACUCGACCUGACUUCCGGUGACGUCAGCGCUAUCCCGUUGUCGCAGUCGUACAAGGGAGUUGCCCUUGAUAUCCACAAGGUGACCGGGCGUCUCUAUUGGACCGACAACUCGAUGGGCGUCAUUGUGACGUCAAAUAUUGACGGAAGCGACGAAACAAUAUUUCGCAAACUUCCAAACGAUUCCAUUUCGGAUGGACUAGCCGUUGAUCACGUAAACCAGCUGUUAUUUUACACAUGCACACAUUAUGACGUCAUCAUGGUGGCGUCACUCUCAAAUCCCGCCAUCUAUCGGACAAUUGUGAACGAGAGUUUGGACGAGCCGCGAGACAUCAUUGUGAACUCCGAGACUGGUCGGAUCUACUGGACGGACUGGGGUCUAGAGCCUAAGAUCGAGACCGCGACCAUGGACGGCGGCAACAGGAGCGUCGUACACCGCCCUGACAACGGUUCUUGGCCAAACGCUCUCGCUUUAGACACAAACACCAUGAUGCUUUAUUGGAUCGAUGCGAAAACCGAAAUAAUUGGGCGCAUCGACCUUGUGACCCUGAAGAACAGGGCCAUCUACUCGGAGCCCCGGGCGCAUUUCUUCGGACUCGCUUUGCUGGACGGGUACCUGUAUGUAACAGACUGGUUCAGAAAGUACGUUACACGUAUAAAUAUAAACGGUGGGAACACGUUAGAACAGAUCGGUCCAAGCAAGUUUGCAAGAUUGAACGGGGUAGCGGGCUUCAAAAAGAGCACAGUUAAAACAGUGUUCAGUAAAUGUUUACAAAGCGACUGCAGUAACCUGUGUUUACCAGUUUCCGACUCUGACUACAAGUGCGCAUGCUCAGAUGAAGGGAAGAACGGCAUCAUACCGUGCGCGGAAUUGAACGUGAUUGAUAAUAUACUUGUUAACCCGGCGAGGAGCCAUAUGACAAACGAACGAGACGGCUCUCCCGCUCUCACUAUAGGCUUAUCAGUUCUGGGUGUGGUCGCCGUCAUUGUUAUUGUUGUCGCCGGCGUGUAUAUCUACAACAAACGGUUCCGCGCGGACAACAUCUCCCACGACCGGCUGGUGGAAGACACGAAUCGCGUGGACACUUUCUACAGGAUCACGUUUCCGGAUAGAGGCAAUAGGGAGGAGGCGAACUUUGAUUCCGGCAUCGAAAACCCGUCGUUUGACUGCAGCAUCGAGGACGUGAGGGGCGGGGCCAACCUUGUCAGAUAUUCGCCUAUGUAAUGAUCUGUAGAAUCUCGUUCUGAGAAAACUGGGCUUCAUGCAUAUUCAUAAUGUUUCGUCCCAGUUAAGCAUGUGCAGUCCGCACAAGCUUAUCAGAGACGACACUUUCCGCUUUUAUGGAUUCGUAUAUUUAAAUGUAGUUUCUGCAAAAACGAAAAUCCAGUCGAAGCGGAAACCGUCGCCCCUGAUUAGCCUGUACAGAUUGCACAAGCUUAUCUGGGACGACUUUUUACGCGCAUGAAUUUAGUACAGCAUAUGUUUGCGGCGUGACUUCUCUUGUCCGAUACCCUCCAAUCAAAGCAUGCGCAGCAUCUAGGACCUUGUCGCUUAUUGGUCUAUGUUAUGGUAACAAGGACGUGAAGAAAAAUCUGACGAGCGAGAUUAUUUCGUAAAGUCUUUCUUUGUGCAAUAUGUUUAUUUAAUCCCCUCCAAAAAGUAUUCCAGUUGAGCUUCAUCUUUCAAUAUUUUAAUUGUGUUGUAAACUUUGUUGAAGUUCGAUUUCAUCAAAAAACCAAAGUCUUACAUCCGCACUUUCAAGUCUGUAUCUUGUGAAGAAACCUUGCGUGGUGUAUUUUGGUCGACCUCUGACCGAAUUCUGUACCUUCUGGUCACAUGUCAGCCACAUUACAACCCAGUUUAACCCAUAACGAUCAUUUAUUUAUUUUUCUAUUUUCAUAUUUGUACAUUGAAAUACAAUGAUACUUUCCGUGACAGAUAACAACUUUGUUUUUUAAUGUAAAGUGUCCAUUUGAAUAACAAUAUCGUGAUAACAAGAAAACAGUGACCCAUGUUGCGGUGAUGAACAUUUCACCAAGUCAAUAAACUUAAACUUCAGCAACACGAUUAUUGGCUAACAUGUAUUCUCAAGCGUUUGUCUUUAAUAUAUUAAUACACUGUCGAGGCAUUCCGUGUGGAGUCCGGUAUUAUAAAGCCGUUAACUCGAAAUUUAUUAUUUCUUUAUUGAAUACAAACAUUUAUUAUCAAAUGCUUUUCAUAAUUAAUAGUAUUGUACAUUUACAUAUUUUGUCGUAUAUCUUAGUAUAGUUUUGUACAAUUAUUCAAUGUCAAAUUUAUGCAAAGUCAUUUACUCACUACAUACUUUUAUGUAUAUUUCAUUUUUGCGAAUAGUCAAGCAAACAAUUGUAAGUUAAUUGAAGCACGCUCUGGGAAAACGGGUCUUAAUGCACAUGCUGAUUUAGGCCGACACUUUUCGCACAUGAAUUAAGCACCGUUUUGCCAGAGCGCGACUCAAUUAUAGAUAGCUCCCUUAAAAUAUACACACGUGUGUAAAAUAUUUUUUUAAGCAAAUAAGCAAUAGAACAGCUAGUUUAAGAGCUGAAUAUUUACCCAUUGUAUGUAUUGUAUUUAUAGCAUGUGUAUACCUCCCUUCUUAUUGUGGUGUAAAUAAAUAAAUAAAAUAAAACAACUUGA